ACCAUGCUCUCCGCCAUCUGAGCUGCAAGUUCAGCUCAGCUUCAGGAGGAGCCCUGGGAAGGGGUCGUCGCAGUAGGCUGCUGCAGCGCCGGUGGGCCCUUGCUGGAAGGAGACAGGAGGGGCAAAGCCAGAGCCCGCAGCCCCUUGCUGCCGCUCACCUCUCUGGGCUGGAGAUCUCUCGGCAGGGCCUCCUUCAUCCCUGCUGAACAGAUGCCUCCAUGCUAAGUAGAGGAGCUCGGAGCUCCUUCUGGGUGUGCUGGUCCUGGAGCCUCCGCGCUUUGCAAAUGAUGCCGCUCGAAGGGACCUCGCUGGGAGAGGGGGAAGAGGAGGCACAGGGACUCACCCAGGGGUGCCGGCGGCGGCAGCGGCAGAGGACAAGCUGCCGCCCCAGCCCCUCACCUCGGAGGGAGCAGCGGGCAGAGCUGGCCAGGCUCCUGCCGUCUCCGGAUGAAGGGAGGAUGAGCAGUCCCCAGGGACACCCAGAUGGGGUUUUGGCCAGGAGUGAGAAGAGCAUGGAGUGCGUCGGCAAGGUGCCAGGCACGGACAGACAGGAGCUGGCUGUGCGCACCCGGGACAGCGAUGGGACCAAGGAAGGUGCCAAAACCCCGGAGGAGCCGCUGCCGAGUUUCCCCAGUGAGCUCUCGGUGCUGGACAGACUAGGCUUGCACAGGGUGGCUUUGACAGAGCAGGAUGUAGAGGCAGCCUUUGCCCACCUCGCCCUGGCUUUUCGCUGUGACGUGUUCACCCUGCAGCAACGGGUGCAGGUGGAGAAACGGGCACGGGAUGCAGCAGAGGAAAACAUCCAGGAGGAGCUGGGGCAGUGCCGGGCUGCCCUGGAGAGGCUGGGCCCAUCUUGCACUGAUGCAGGCUGCAAGGAGACGCUGGAGCAGCUGCAGCGCAGCCUGGCUGUGUUGGCAGCCGCUGUCGAGCGGGCAACCAGCGCGGCAGAGAAGCUGGGGGCUGUACAUCAGGAGGCCCGGAUGAGCCGAGCAGCGGAGGUUAUGGUCCAGCACGUGGAGAACCUGAAGCGGCACCACAUGCGGGAGCACGCGGAGCUGGAGGAGAUGAAGCGCCUGAUCCAGCAAAACUCCCGCAAUCGGCAGCUGGCGGAGACCCAGGAUGACACGGAGCCACGGCUGAGGCCUCACCCCUUGAUGCGAACUUUCCAGCAGAUCCAAAGGGUCCCCAGCGGAGCUGUGGCGGCCGUGGCUCUUCCUCCCGCAGCACUACUGGGUUUUCUUCUGGCUGUUUCUCCUGAGCAUCGCCUUCCUCCUUCUUAUCCGUGUCCUGGAGCUGCAGCGGCUGCAGCCUGCAGCAUCAUCCAAGGCCUAGCCGGAGCGGGAAGGGGGAGGCAGCUGGGAGGCACCCACUCUCCGUUGCUGCUCCUUCCCUGCACCGUAAAACACCAAAACCCUAGAAUAAUAAAAUUGGAGGAAAAAUGGGGGAAUUGUGAUGCUGGAGAGCAGGGGGAACAUCCUGUGGUGGGACCUAAAGUUUGGUUUGCACCUCCUUACAGGUGUGAAGGGCUCCGGGAGCUGCAGCAGCCCUCAUCAGUGCUAUGAGUUUGCCUGUUCUCCGGGCACGCAGAGGGGUGCAGGGAUGCCACCGCAUGUCCCCCUGUGCCGAGGACAGAGACUGGGCUGUCCGCGGCCGGUGGGUCUGUGUUAGAGCCGUGUCCCACUGUGCUGGCCAGGUGCCCUCCACCACGGCACAUCCUCGUCCCUGCUGCCUGGGGAGCUGUAAUUAAGAUCUAAUGCUCAUUUGCUGCUUCCCCCGGGGGACGAAGCUGGGGCUGGAAGGAGCAGGUCAGCGUUCAGACUUUCCCAUGGCACCACAAAGGGCUCACAAACAGAGCGAGCUGUUCCUGACUGCUCUGGCGCCUGGGAAAAUUGCCUGGUUUGACGCAGACACCCGGUUUCCGCGUCCGCCCCGGCCUCUGGUGGCCCCAAAACAUGGGUGGGCUCCCUUGCACCCACACCCAGCA